AUGGACAGCAAAGGUUCAUCGCAGAAAGGGUCCCGCCUGCUCCUGCUGCUGGUGGUGUCAAAUCUACUCUUGUGUCAGGGUGUGGUCUCCACCCCCGUCUGUCCCAAUGGGCCUGGCAACUGCCAGGUGUCCCUUCGAGACCUGUUUGACCGGGCAGUCAUGGUGUCCCACUACAUCCAUAACCUCUCCUCGGAAAUGUUCAAUGAAUUUGAUAAACGGUAUGCCCAGGGCAAAGGGUUCAUUACCAUGGCCCUCAACAGCUGCCAUACCUCCUCCCUUCCUACCCCUGAAGACAAAGAACAAGCCCAACAGACCCACCAUGAAGUCCUUAUGAGCUUGAUUCUUGGGUUGCUGCGCUCCUGGAAUGACCCUCUGUAUCACCUAGUCACAGAGGUGCGGGGUAUGAAAGGAGUCCCAGAUGCUAUCCUAUCGAGGGCCAUAGAGAUUGAGGAAGAAAACAAACGACUUCUGGAAGGCAUGGAGAUGAUAUUUGGCCAGGUUAUUCCUGGAGCCAAAGAGACUGAGCCCUACCCUGUGUGGUCAGGACUCCCAUCCCUGCAAACUAAGGAUGAAGAUGCACGUCAUUCUGCUUUUUACAACCUGCUCCACUGCCUGCGCAGGGAUUCAAGCAAGAUUGACACUUACCUUAAGCUCCUGAAUUGCAGAAUCAUCUAUAACAACAACUGCUAA